AUGUGGGUAGCACAUCUCAACCGCCUCCCCACUAGAUCAAGAAUAGCGAGAUGGUCUCCACAAGCCUCUCCGCUUUGCUGCCUCUGUAACUCUUUUGAAAAAACGAGAGAUCAUCUUCUCAUCUCUUAUGAUUACAGUUCAGCUAUCUGGUCUCCUGUUCUUGCGCGGCUUGGAUACUAUCACAACAUCCUCUCAUGGGCGGAGUUUAUGUCUUGGAUCAGGGUCUCUUCUUCCCGCUGCCCUUCAACUCUCAGGCAGCUCGUCGCGCAGGCCACCGUCUAUCACCUCUGGAAGCAACAACAACGUCCUCCACAACACCACCUCUAUCUCAGUCCAUUCCGUGUUCAAGCUCAUCGACAAGGAGAUCCGCAACGCCAUCUCAGCUAG